UUGCAGAGCAAGAACACCACCCCACCCCACCCCAGCCUUCAAAAGGCAGAGAGAGAGGAGAGGCAGAGAGAACUCCAGGAUCCCCCAUUCUCUCCCACAAGAGCACCUUUCGCUUCCUCGCGUGGAUCUAGCGAAGCGGCGAUGGCGGGGUGCGGGGAGGCGGCGGCGGCGGUGAUGCGGCGGCGGCCCAAGACCAAGAUCGUGUGCACGCUGGGCCCGGCGUCGCGCUCCGUCGAGAUGAUCUCGCGCCUGCUGCGCGCCGGGAUGUGCGUCGCGCGCUUCAACUUCUCCCACGGCUCCCACGAGUACCACCAGGAGACGCUCGACAACCUCCGCGCCGCCAUGGACCUCACCGGAAUCCUCUGCGCCGUCAUGCUCGACACCAAGGGUCCAGAGAUCAGAACUGGAUUUUUGAAAGAUGGGAAGCCAAUUCAAUUGAAAAAGGGCCAAGAGAUCACAAUUUCCACAGAUUAUAGCAUUAAGGGUGAUGAGAAAAUGAUAUCAAUGAGCUAUAAGAAGCUAGCAGUGGAUCUGAAGCCAGGCAGUGUCAUAUUGUGUGCUGAUGGUACCAUCACUCUUACUGUGCUUCAUUGUGAUAAAGAGCAGGCCAUGGUUCGGUGCCGCUGUGAGAACACUUCUAUGCUUGGUGAGAGGAAGAAUGUCAAUCUUCCAGGAGUCAUUGUUGAUCUCCCAACACUCACUGAAAAGGACAAGGAGGACAUCCUUAAAUGGGGUGUCCCAAACAAGAUUGACAUGAUUGCAUUGUCGUUUGUUCGCAAGGGUUCAGAUCUUGUACAGGUCAGGAAGGUACUUGGUGAGCAUGCCAAGUCCAUAAUGCUGAUGUCAAAGGUUGAGAAUCAAGAGGGAGUAGCUAACUUUGAUGAUAUCCUGGCAAACUCUGAUGCUUUCAUGGUGGCAAGAGGUGAUUUAGGGAUGGAAAUUCCUAUAGAGAAGAUCUUCUUUGCACAGAAGGUGAUGAUUUUCAAGUGCAACAUUCAGGGCAAGCCAGUUGUGACUGCAACCCAGAUGUUGGAAUCUAUGAUCAAGUCUUCUCGCCCUACUCGAGCAGAAGCAACUGAUGUUGCAAACGCAGUUCUUGAUGGCACCGACUGUGUCAUGCUCAGUGGCGAGACAGCUGCUGGGGCUUAUCCCGAGCUGGCUGUACAAACUAUGGCCAAGAUCUGCUUGCAAGCAGAGUCAUGCGUCGACCAUGCUGCUAUUUUCAAGUCGAUCAUGGCAUCAGCUCCGAUUCCAAUGAGCCCGCUGGAGAGCCUUGCAUCAUCAGCUGUCCGCACAGCAAACUCUGCCAAAGCGACGCUUAUAUUGGUCCUGACCAGGGGAGGAACAACUGCAAGGCUUGUGGCCAAGUAUAGGCCAUCCAUGCCGAUACUGUCUGUCGUGGUUCCUGAGCUGAAGACAGACUCCUUCGAUUGGACUUGCAGCGACGAGGGGCCUGCAAGGCAUAGCCUCAUUGUUAGGGGUGUGAUCCCAAUGCUGAGUGCCGGCACUGCAAAGGCCUUCGAUAGCGAAGCCACUGAAGAAGCACUUGAUUUUGCGAUCAAGAACGCGAAGGCGAUGGGGCUGUGCAACACCGGUGAGUCCGUUGUGGCCCUGCAUCGUAUCGGGAAUGCAUCCGUCAUCAAGCUCUUGACGGUGAACUAGGUGGGAGCAACACCCUUUUUGCUUGGGGGGUAAAUUUUUGUGAGGCUGCUUAUGCAUAUCAGCAUAACCAGAGUUUUUGUUGCCAAGAUAGUGACUUUGCAUUGUGUUAUACCUCGAUGUUAUGAGGUUGUGGCUAUUUUAUCAUUUACAAGUAAGCCAUUAAUUAUCAACUACUAUAGCUACUUAUAUUGCAGCUGUGCUGCUAAUGCUAUCAUACUAGUACUACUGAAA